AUGACUACAUACGUACAUCAAAGUACAGAACAAAGCUCAUCACAACCGCCAAGUUAUAUGCAAGCUACAGAAAAACUUGGUUACAUAUCUGAAGCAACUACACCAAUGCCUCCAUUGUAUCCACUGCCAUCCAUUCAGCCGAUUUACGGUCAAGUAUUGCAUAUGGUACCAAUGGUGAUUCUUGGCGAUAUGCCCGUCUCAUGCAAUUGUGGAAAUUGUCAUGCAAGUAUUAUCACUCGAACAGAAAGAACGGCAGGUAUAUUAACAUGGUUAAUUUGUGGUGGUCUUGCCUUAUUCGGCUGUUGGUUAGGAUGCUGUCUCAUUCCGUUUUGUAUCGGUGAAUUACAAGACACACAACAUUUUUGUCCAAAUUGUGCUGCGUUAAUUGGUACUCACAAACGAAUGUAA